AUGGGCAUCAAGGUGGUCGGGGGUCCCAGAGACACACGGACUGGAAUGGUCCGCUCAGCCACUCUCAUACACUCCAGCCGUGGCAUUUGUACAGAUAUUCAGAUUGUUUCAGCUGUCACACCUCCAGCGGUUUUUCAGAACCACAGCGCCAUCUGGCGGUGGUCGCAGUUUGGUAGCGCGUGUUUAGGGAGUGGGAGCUUGAGGAGAAAGAUUGCCCAUCUGCUCGAAGUUAAUCAAAUUAAUUCCUGCCUUCUCUUCAGUUUCUCCUCCUGCUCUCUGCUUUGGAAAGAGGGGGGAGGGAAACACAACACAACUCUACAGCGGCCACAGGAAACGGAAGAGACCAGCAGACGCAAGUCAUUUCAAAACCCCGGGGCUGAGCUGAAGAUUCACUCUGUGUGCACCUACAGGACUAUCCUCCUCAAAACUCCUACCAACCGGUCUCAACCUUUUUCCUUCUCUGUUUUUAGCAAGCAGCCCCCAUCAGCCCUGAGCACCAGGAGCAGAUCUCUACAACCACAACAAAAAAAGGAGGAGAUGCCCACUCAGCCACAGGAGAAGAGAAGUUUCCUGCAAUUCCUCAAGAGUUUCGUCGGGAUUGUACGGGUCCUUCAGAUCCUGCUGGGAGCUGGGCUUUGGGUCACCAUCGCAGCCAACAAGUAUGAAGGCUCCAUUCAUUUUGUGCUGUUUGUGGCCGUGCUUUUCUGGCUCCUCACUUUAGCCAUCUUCAUCCUCACGCUUCUGGAUAAACAAGAUCUCGUUCCCAUCAUCGGAGGAGAACGCUGGCUAUUAAGCAACCUCAUUCAUGACGUUGUCGCAACUCUGCUGUACCUGUCCACCAUCGGGAUCAUGAUCUACAAAACCCAAAAGAACUCCUACUGCAAUCUGGACGUCUACAAACAUCACUGCUUGUACAAGGUCUACCUCACCGCUUCUGUGUUUGCUUGUCUCACUGCUGCCGUUUAUCUGCUUUCUGGCAUCUACUGCAGCUGUAGGAAGUGUCGAGGCGAGCGGACGGUUGUGUGAAAACCCAGCCUCAGGACCUGCCGUUUUGAGUCCUUCCGGCGAGCUUUUUUGGGGAGUUUAUAAUUAAAGCAAAGGGGUCAGAUCCUCUUGUCUUUCAGGUUUGUUUGUUUGUGUUGCAUUUUAUACAGUAAUUUAUAGAGCUUUUGUGUUGCAGUCACUAAGAAAAGUCUAUUUUACGCUUGUUUAUAUGUUCCUGGAGCUCUAUAUAUGAGCAAUUCCAUGCAAAUGUCUACCUUGCCCUAACAAAAUGAAGUUUUCACCAAAAUAGCGAAACUCUUUCAACAUUUUUUGUGUAAACUUGUACUGUACAGUACCACAAAAAUGUCUCUGUCAGUGUUUUCAAACAAUUAUGUUUGAUUUACCAAAGUCUGUCACAUCCAUAAUGGAGAGAUGUCACAACCACAAUGAAGCUUUUUCCUCAAAUGUAAAAAUGUCUUACAAAAUAAAAUCAAUAACUUUUGUACUAUUAGUAGUGGUGCAACGAAUCACAAAUCUCAUGGUACGGAUCACACUACAGUUUUUGAGUCACGUAUCAGACCGUUUUUUGGAUCCUCAAAAAAUGGAGGAGACAAAUAUCAAUUGCUUUCCAUUUAUACAAAACUAUUACUUAGUUUUGUAUAACAAAGCUUAGAACCUGUAAUUUUAAUAAAAAUAAAAAUCAGGAAAGAACCGCUGGGGAAAAAAGAACAAUAUUCAAUAUGAAAAAUAUGCUGAUAAAGCUAAAUAUAGAAAUCUAACAUCUUGAUCAACACAUCAUAUUUAUUUUCAAUUAAUGAUUGAACAAUUCACACAUAAAACUGCAUGUUUCAUUAGGUCUAUCAUUUCUGAAAACCUAUUGUGACAUCGUUUUGAUGGUUGUUUGUCGCCACCUAUUGGUUAUACAAUGUAAUUGCUACAACAUUCAUUAGCUUCAAGUUCCAUUAAACAGUGAUUUUAAUCAUUACCAUAAACAUCAGCAUUUAUAUCUAAACUAUAGACCGUUCUCCUAGCACUUCUGUGUUAUUUAAUUGUUUGUAAUGAACCAAAAAACUGUAAAAACCGAAUCUCUCUCAAACCCAGAUGUGAAUGCAGCGCUUCGAAUGAUUAAUAAAUAUAUGUAAAUCAUUAUGAUUUAUCAUUCAUGUUGCGUGGGUUUGAAUAGAGAUCAUGAUCUUUUAGUUUUUAAUUGUGCAGCUUUACACUAAAUGCAUUAAUGCAGGUUAAACAAACAGUGGCACCUUUAAUUAAUAACCUAAGAAAGCAUUUGGCUCGCAUCACAACUUUUUCCAUCAUCAUCAUCAUAUUUUCCAAUGAGCCCGGACGUGUUUUAAAGGCACAAUAUUUAAAAAAAAAUUUCAUGAAAAUAUCCAGAAACUACUAACGGUAUUCAUAUUUAGAUGACUUAUGAACUUGCAUUAUACCAAAUGUUUCCAAGAAUGAUCAAAUCCAGUGAAAUAAGUAGUUUUAACUGAACAAACCAUGUCUUGUGUGUUCGUGCUAAUGAUGUCACCCUCGAUUUCCAGUUUGGCUUUAUAGAAAACAGGGUAACACCAAAGACACUUUAAUGUUGUAUGUUUUAUCAUUCUACCAUUUCAUCAUAUUUUACAGGGAAGCCAAAAUGCUUUCAUACACGUUAUUUGAAUGAGGCGGGAGGUGAUCUCUCUGCGAUUGUUAUAAAUGUUGGAUUAACCUACAGUACAAGUUCAGUUUAUUUCACAGAAUUUCAACAAAGUAUGCUGUAUGUUUGUAACAUGUUUAUUUUCCUCCUUCUACAAUAUAAAAAAAAUUGUUUACAGAUUGAUAUAUUACUCUGAUCCCAUAACACUCUGGUUAGUUGUUUUGAAAAAUAUAAACAGAUGAUUCAAUAUAAUGCUAACAUAGUUUCAAUUUAUGUUUUAAGUUUUUACUGCAAUUGUCACAUCCAUAAGGCUGGAAUCGCUCGUAUGUAGUCAUUUUAAUUAUUUUUGUGUGUGUUGUGUAACUGACAUCUUCAAGAAAGUUGCUUGAUGAAACUGAUAUUCUGAAUUUGUAGUAUUACAUGUUCUUUUAAACCUUUGAUAUGACACCAAGCUCUCUUUAUGUCGGCGUCUUUAAACAAGCAAUUUUACCAAAUGUGUCAAAUAUCUCCACAUGAUUCGCUUUCAAAGAGAACAACUGUUAAACUCAGAGUCGGAGUGUAAUAAUUGGCAAACUGCUAAUAAAUAAGAGAAGUAAAGCACC